AUGGCAAUCAGCGAGGGAGGACUCCUGACGGACGAGAUCCGCUGCAAAGUGUGGCCAAAGCUGCUCAGUGUUAACACGGAUGACCUGCCCCCUCUUCCAGCAGGGAAGGAGCUGCGAGAGGACAAUAAGGAUUACCAGCAAGUGUUACUGGACGUGCGGCGAUCCCUGCGCCGCUUCCCGCCAGGGAUGCCAGAUGACCAGAGGGAAGGAUUGCAGGAGGAGCUCAUCGAUAUCAUCCUCCACGUCCUGAAGCGCAACCCCCAGCUGCACUACUACCAGGGCUACCAUGACAUCGUGGUCACCUUCCUCCUGGUGGUGGGGGACAGGCUGGCCACAGCGCUGGUGGAAAAGCUCUCAACACAUCAUCUCAGGGAUUUUAUGGACCCAACGAUGGAUAAUACCAAGCACAUUUUAAAUUACCUGAUGCCCAUCAUAGACCAGGUGAACCCUGAGGUGCAUGACUUCAUGCAGAGUGCGGAGGUGGGAACCAUCUUUGCCCUCAGCUGGUUGAUCACCUGGUUUGGCCAUGUUUUGUCUGACUUCCGGCACGUGGUGCGAUUAUAUGACUUCUUCCUGGCUUGCCACCCGCUGAUGCCCAUUUAUUUUGCUGCUGUGAUCGUGCUGCACCGGGAGCAGGAAGUUCUGGACUGUGAGUGUGACAUGGCCUCUGUCCACCACCUCCUGUCCCAGAUCCCACAGGACCUUCCUUACGAGUCUCUGAUCAGCAAAGCUGGGGACCUUUUUGUCCAGUUCCCACCAUCUGAACUUGCCAAGGAGGCAGCUCAGCAGCAGGCUGAACGAACUGCGGCUUCCACGUUUAAGGACUUUGAGUUGGCAUCAGUGCAGCAGAGACCAGACACUGUGUUGAGGCAGCGCUUCAGGGAUCGGCUCCGAGGGGAGGAGCGGACAAAAUCCAUCUUGACAAAGCCCCGGACCAACCGCUUUGUCAAGCUGGCAGUGAUGGGGCUGACAGUGGCCCUGGGAGCAGCUGCCCUGGCCGUGGUGAAGAGUGCACUGGAGUGGGCACCCAAGUUUGAACUGCAGAUUUUCCCCUGA